AUGAGCUAUUCAUACUCGCACAACGCCAUUGCCGACUCUUAUCGUCCUGCUCGACCAGGGUCUCCCGCGUGGUCCUCGGGUUCCUCGGAGCGGGAUCAAUCACCGCCGCCAUGGCCGAAACGGUGGGCUUCGGAUCUACGUGAGGCGACAAGUACUAGACAUGGGAUAUUGUCGCUAGUCAAGCAGGUCGCUAGAUAUGUCUUCACCAUCUCGAACGCUUUGAUUGCUUUAUGGAUCUGUACAUUAUGGUGGGGCGAACGGACUGUCUUUCAAGACAGCGUGAAAGCAUGCACCUGGGGUAAUUGGGAGAGAUGGCCCCAAGACGCAAUUCCACAUCAUGUCGCUUUCAUCGCCGACCCGCAAUUAGUCGAUCCUCAUACAUAUCCCGGCCGACCAUGGCCCCUUUCGACGUUGACCGUCAAAUUUACCGAUCAAUACCUUCGGAGAUCCUUCUCGUCCAUUCAGAAAGAACUAGGCCCAGAUUCCGUGUUGUUCCUGGGUGACCUUUUCGACGGGGGCAGGGAAUGGGCUACGGCAUCCAGUUCCAGCCCGGAGAAACGCUACAAGAAAUACAAGGACCGUUUUUGGAAGAAAGAGUUCCAUCGAUUCGUGAAAAUAUUUGUGGAUACAUGGAAAGAUGGUGAUGAUCACAUACGUCACCCGCUUGGGCGGAGGUUGAUCACUAGCUUGCCUGGAAAUCACGAUCUGGGUUUUGGUUCGGGUGUCCAGAUCCCGGUGCGCGAUAGGUUUCAGAGCUUCUUUGGCAAAAGCAAUCGCGUUGAUGUCAUUGGAAACCAUACUUUUAUCUCUGUUGACACCGUGUCGCUGAGCGCCAUGGACCAGCCAGACCCGGAGACAGGCAGCUCGGGCACGGGCUCGGGCGAUGGAGAACAGCCAAACGAACACAUUUGGAGAGAUACCCAGGAUUUCCUCGACCGCAUGAACGUACAUCGGGGCAGGGCGGAAGUUGAGGCAUUGCGCAUGCUCGCCAAUAAGACUGAGGGCCGUCAGUUUCAGCAUCGGGCUGUUGAUAUCUUGGAACCGUCCGUCGACCCGCAGCUCAAGCCGGAGGUUGCGGGGUUUCCCACUAUCCUUCUUUCUCACGUACCUUUAUAUCGCCGACCGGCCACGCCGUGCGGGCCCUAUCGCGAACACUAUCCGCCCAGUGGCGAGGGUUUGGAGGAGGAUGACCGGAACGCUAUUUCGAUGGGUCGGGGCUAUCAAUAUCAAAAUGUUUUGACCCCAGCCAUUUCUCGGGAUAUCGUCUCAAAGGUCGGGCCUAAUUUGGUCCAGAUGUACUCCGGGGAUGACCACGAUUACUGCGAGAUCUCACAUCACGAGUUCAGCGGGUCUCCUAAGGAGAUUACAGUCAAGAGCCUCUCAUGGGCCAUGGGAAUCCGUCAACCGGGCUUUGUCCUCACCAGCUUGUGGAAUCCUCUGGAUCUGGCCACUGGUCAACCCGAUGGGUCCGCUAAUGCCGGUCGCACGGUCCAGAACCACUUGUGUCUUCUCCCAGACCAAUUAUCCGUCUUCAUCUACUACGGGGUAAUUCUUGGUUUCACCCUGUGCGUACUCCUUGUGCGUGCUGCGAUCAUUGUAAAAUAUCUCCCGUCCGGGGCGAGUCCCGACGAGCCCAUUCUGCCUUUGUCAGAACAUCGCUCCCCGCCCCCGCAGCGCGCGGCCCGCUACAAGACCCCAUCUUCUGGUACGUCUAGCUCCACGUUCCCAACGCCUCGCGGGCUGGCCAGCCGUGCGGUGAACGCACCUCCCGUACAUGCUGCUUACGCGGGCUCAGAUGAGGGCAAAGUGGGCAGCGCUAAGUGGAAGCCAUCGCGUGGCGGGUCACGACGGCCAGGGGCUAGCGCUUCCCAAAUGACCCUGAUAAAGGAGGAAUUCCUUGCAUCGGUCAUGGGAGUCGCCAGAAUUGCGUUAUGUUGGUACUUCUUCCUCGUCUGGCGAUGGUAG